UUUAUCAUUAUAGCGUUCCAAUAGCGAUCGGUAGUUUUAAUUCGAUGUCUCUCACAAAAGUAAAUUCAGUGUGUUCGUUGAUUACGUUUGUACUUUUAGCUGAUUUUGCCUUUGUUGAAGGAUUAGAUCCUGUUGCACUUGCACACAAAUGGGCUCCCAAAAUUUAUCUCAACUCCAAAGAGGAAUAUUGGCCAGGAGAUGUUGAAGUAUUUUUGAAGCAUGUCCAGGUAAAGGGUAAAGAUUGCCCGAAGACUUCAGAAAUUCCUACAGGGCCCGAUUCUCAGAAGUGCUUCCUCACAACUAACGGCGAUCCCAAUGAUCUAAUCAAGGAAAACGACUCCUACCUUCUUGGGGUAAAGCCGGGGUCUCGUAAAUGGCAGUUGGACCCGGUUCCUGCUUACGUGAACGUCAAGUCGUGUGGGAACGGUCGUAUGAUUAUCUCCUUCUGGAUCUUCUUCCCCUUCAACAAAGGAAAGCAAAUGUGCAAGCUUGAAGACGGGUGUGGAACCGUCCAGACUGUGGUUGGCAACCACGUAGGGGACUUUGAACAUCUCAGUUUAGAAAUGCAGGGAGAACUGCCGGUGUCACUUUUCCUGGCAGUCCAUGAUGGUGGAAUUUUCUAUGACUACGAUAAAGGAAGUAACACCUUUACACUGUCUUCCCAACUCAAGAAUGGCAUCCUCAAGGUUCCAGACCCUCCCCAGACUAUCCAGCUUGUGGACACUCAUCCUGUCCUCUAUUGCGCCUUGGGAUCUCAUGCGGUCUGGAGUGCUCCAGGAACAUUCUCGUUCAGCCGCGUAGAGUUGGAUCAGUUAGUGGACGAGACAGAUCAAGGGCGAGAAUGGAACACAUGGGAAGCUCUCAAGGUGUUCUACUCCAAGGAAACGACCCCAGCCUGGUGGUAUUAUGAGGGCCGAUGGGGCAACCAAGCUUCCCAGUGCAUACUUAGGUUGUACUGCCUUUUCUCUGCUGGGCCUAGAGGCCUUUCGACUAGGUCUGAGGAAUACACAUGUUAGAAAACAACGUUGAUUAAAUAAAACAUACAAUUAUAGAUGUAU